AUGGGAAAAUAUGUGUGGGCUGUUGCUUCUAAACAGGAUAAUGUGUGGAUUAAGUGGGUUAAUGCUGUGUAUGUUAAAGAUGGGGUUUGGUGGGAAUACCAGCCUAAUGCUUCAGCCAACUGGUAUUGGAGGAAAAUUUGUGAAACUAAAGAGUUUUUAAAGCAAUAUUACUCUCAGAAUGAGUUUAGUACUAUUGCUCAGUACUCAGUUAAAGUGGUAUAUGAGAAAUUAAUUGAGGCUAGACCUUUGGUCACCUGGGACAGGUUAGUUUGGAAUAGGCUAAAUGUUCCAAGACAUAGAUUUAUUUGCUGGAUGGCUGUUCAAGCUAGACUUCAAACCACAGCAAAGCUUGCUAGAAUUGGAGUUAGUGUGUCCCGCCUGUGUUUAUUACGUGGGCAACAGAAUGAGGAUCAUAAGCAUUUGUUUUUCUCUUGCUCCUACAGUCAGCAAUGCCUUAAUGGUAUUAGAAGUUGGUUGAGUAUCCCUGGUGUUUCUUCUGAUCUUCAGCAGAUCACAAGGGGGAUUGAUCAUAGCAGACAUUCUCAUUUCAAGAAGCAAGUCUGGUAUGCAGGACUUGCAGCAACAGUCUAUGUGGUUUGGCAGUGCAGAAAUGGUAGCUUUUGGGGUAAGUGUGUUCCUACAGUGCAGUAUUCUGUAAAAAGUAUUAAACAUGUUGUGAAAGAUAGAAUCAAAGUUGUUAUGCCUAAGAAGGCUAGUAGGAGGGAUUGUACUUGA